AGCUAUAUAUUUAGUCUGUGAUGAGACUAGCCCUCAUUCCUGGCUGUGACAGCGACAUUAGCCACGUGAUCACGUCCACACAAUGACGACUACCACACUGUCCACAGUCAUGCUGCUGAUGCUGUUGGUGGCACUGGCCCUGGGGAGUGUGCUCCCUGAUGAACGUCGAUCAGUGAACUGUGCACCCAACAGACCAUGUACCGCGGAUGCGAUUCCUCACUGUAUCAAGGGUUGGGACAUUCCCAUAUUUGGAAAUUGUGAUUUACUGGACGCCCUAUGCAGUGGCGAGGAGGAAGACUUCAGCGGCAGCUGCAUGGUCAACAUCGAGCAAAGUCCUGAUUACAUGAGGGUCGUUGUGUCUGAUUCCGAGACCUCCAACCCUGAUGAACGUCGAUCAGUGAACUGUGGACACCCCAGACCAUGUACAUUGGAUCUGAUUCCUCACUGCAUCAAGGGUUGGGACAUUCCCAUAUUUGGAAAUUGUGCCUUAGUGGAAGCCCUCUGCAAUGGCGAGGAGGAAGACCACAGCGACAGCUGCAUGGUCAACAUCGACAAAAGUCCGUAUUACAUGAGGGUCGUUGUGUCUGAUUCCGAGACCUCUGACCCUGGUGUGUGAAGGGACCUCACAGCACGUGCGAGGUCACUGUGCCAUCCAGGAGGCCAUUUGUGACGAAAACGCCGUGCUUGAUACAAGCAGAAGCUGCUUGCAGUAAGACAAGUCUCCUUCUUCGUGAAACGUUUGCACUUCAUUGUUUAUUAUCCUUACUGACCACGUGACCUUUGUACUCUUUGGACUAAUAAAGUGCAGUAAAAAUAUC